UGAGGACCAGACACAGCACAUCUCCUGCCUUCGCGUGCUGUAUCUAGCUAUCUAGUGAGCUCUGACAGAAGUACGAGUGAGAGAGCAUUGGCCCUCAGCGAACGGUAGCAAAAAAAAGAGUGCAUUUUUUUCAGAUAACUUUUCACCAAAGUCUUUGGCUCUAACCUCAGCUGCUUUGGGGUUUUCGUUGUUAUUUCUACUUUCGUGUAUUACAUUCAUUUUUUUAACUUAUUCAACGGCUGAGAUGGAUUCUGAUGCUGGCUCCAACUCCAGCCGGUCCUCGUCUCCAGACCUGGUGGUGGACGACUCCAUGGGCAGCUUCUUCUCCAACAAGAUGUUUCAGGCCUACUGCCGGGAGGAGGGGGCAGCCAGGGCUGCCGGCCAGGGCAGGGCUGACCGCUGUGCUGGGGGAGGCAAGAGCAAGACCCGGGCUGACCUCAAAGAGGGUGACGACGUGCAGGACCUGAGGCUGAAGGUGAAUGGCAGGGAGAGAAAGAGGAUGCACGACCUGAACCAGGCAUUGGACGGCCUGAGAGAGGUCAUGCCCUACGCUCAGGGGCCCUCUGUCCGCAAGCUCUCCAAGAUCUCCACCCUGCUGCUGGCCCGUAACUAUAUCCUCAUGCUGUCCAGCUCCCUGGAGGAGAUGAAGAAGCUGGUUGGGGACGUGUACGGAGGCAGUGGUGCCCAGAGUCGCACCAGCCACCCCCGGAUCACCCUUCCGGCACCCACAGCACACCUCCCACUGCACCCCCUGGCCCAGUCCCUGCACUCCCUGGUAAGCAGCACGGCCUCAGCUCUCCACCACCCCUCGCCUCCCCCUGCUCCAGCCCCACACUCACCACCCUCUGCAAGCUACAUGGGCUUCCACCAUGCACCGGUACAGAGCCUGCUGAAGGACCCUCUCCACCUAGCCAGCUCCUACAGGCACUUCCCUGGUAUGCCUUGUCCCUGCUCACUCUGCCAGCCUCUACCAACCAUCACAUCCACCCUGCACAGCUUUUCCAUGGGCAAGUGAGCAUGCGACACUCAGGACUGAAGUUGAGGCCCAACCCAGGACAAAGUAGCUCACUGCCAGUGGACUGAGAAAAAUUGUUGGUUUAACUGUAAAAAUACACUGGUAGCUGCCAGGACCUGUACAUAUUUUGUAUAUACUGUAUCUUCUAUUGAGUAUGCCGCUGCUAUUUUUCUAAAUGACAUGCCUUGUUUAUAUUGAAAGGAUUUAAAUGCACACACAGGGACCAUUUCAUACUGUUGGAACUUGGAACUUCUUUUAAUGUAACAGUGAGAAUAGCUGCUAUGGCUAUUCAAUAUCAGUGUUACUGAAACAAAUGACAAAGAUGGAAAGUGCUGUGUCCUACUGCAAAGGUGUCCUAGUUUCCUAAAUUAAACUUUUGAUAUAAAAAAACUAACAUUUUCUGCUGUUUUACUUGAGACAGUCUAUUUACAUCAGAAAUAGAUGUAAAUCUAUCAGAAAUAGAAAUCUAUUAACAUCUACUUACAUUUUAUUUGCAUCAGACUAUUGUGUUUUUCAGCAUGUCGUUCAUGUUUCUAAUUUUCAAAUAGGCUACGCGUAGCACUACAAUAGUAAAACAUAACUAUAUUAUAUAUACCAUCGCUGUGCACUGUAUUUUAGGGUCUCUCCAUGGUAGACCCAGGGGGGUGUAGUAGUUAGCGGUGCAGGGGAGGGGAGGGGUGGGUGUAGAGUAGAGAGGGUGUUGGUUGCUAACCAGCCUAGAGAGGAGAGGCCUACCCCUGAGCUAAAGAGAGACAGAAGGGCCAGACAAUGCAGCUCUGCAGAGGGAGGUUGAAUGUGGCACUCUGAGCUCUGGGAUCAUCCAUCUUCACUUCAACAGGGUGUGGGAGAUGAAAAGGCAGCGCGGGCGCCAGGACAGCGAUUCACUUUUGUCUGGCGCAGGCGGGGGACAGGGCUGUGGCCUUCUCAUCUGUGGGCCAGAGGAUUUGUCACUGUCCCUUAAGGACAUGGC